UAAAAAAAAUUGGGCGGAUAGACAGACUCAAGAAUCGAGAUUACAUUUAAUGAAAUAACCACUUUCAAGGUAGAAUCGAAUCUCGAUUUCUCGAUAUUACACUUUAUAUUCUCGCAUUUAAUUUUAAUUUUAUUAAAAACCGCACUCUUAAAUCAAAUAUCAUGAAAUUCUGUGGACCUAAACUGUCCCUGUGCGGGAUCAUUAUCAGCAUUUGGGGAAUAAUCCAAUUGGUCUUGAUGGGAUUUUUCUAUUACAUCCGGAGUGUAGCGCUCAUUGAAGACUUGAAUAUCCCUGAAGAACACAAGUUCACUAAUGCACAAGAAUUCUACAGCUACGCUGACAAAAUGUAUUCUCUGAACGCAUAUAACUGUUGGAUUGCUGCCUGUCUUUAUAUAUUUACAUUAGUUGUAUCAGGACAUCAAUUCUAUAUGAACAACCGCAACACAAUGAGUUUGUAAAAUGUUAUUUAUAUUUUAUGUUACAAUUUUUAUUAUUUUUAAGAGGUUUUUUUUUGUUUUCUUCAUUUUUUUUUCAAUUGCCUCUACGAUCACAUUUGAAUUAUUCCACAUUGUUAACAGAUUGUAAGAUUAUUAUUGGGUUUUCGCAUUGUCAUAUUGUCAAAAAAUUUCAUAGGUUUUAAGAAGUAAAUAUGGAAUAUAUUAUAUAAUAUAAUUAAAAAUACAUUUGGUAUUUUAUACUGUUACGACCA